AUGAAGAUAGGUGAUCCGACAUAUCGAGGUGCACAAGUCCAUCUCCCGCUUGAAGUCGCCACGCUCAUAAUGGCAUAUGUGGCUUCGGGCCAUGAUCCUGACACUCAAACAUCAUUAUGGGCAUGCUGUUUGGUGUCCAAGACCUGGUAUGCCGCCUCUGUCCCCCAUCUCUACAACCGGCCCUUUCUUUCCAGCUGGAACUUCGACCUUUUCACUCGGACGAUAUGCCCCGCGGCACAGCCCCGGAGAUCGCGUGUCGGUCUUGAAAAUAUGAUUAAACAUCUUGACAUGAGUCGUCUCGCGUACGAGAGCACCAAUAGUCUCACGGCCCGUCUUAUCAACCGGAUCAAGUCGUCGCUGGAGAGUUUUGCUACGCCAGCAGUCACUUUCUCGGUUUCAUCAUUGGCUUCAUUGUCUAAAUGUGUGAAUUUGCGUCAUCUAGACAUGUCAGCAGAUUCUUACUCGAUACAGCUGCGCGACCUUUUCGAUGCCAUAGCUAAGCUUAAACGUUUGACAUCUCUGAGUCUGCCAAGAGGAAUCAAAUUUAGAGCAGAGUAUCUUCCGUGGGAAAACCUGAAAUGGCCAGAGAAGUUGACGCGUCUACAUGCCACCGAUCUGAUGUGUUCUCGAUCCAUGGACUGGGACAUGCUGUUUGAAAGCUGGCCCAGGACUCUGAAAACACUGACUUUUCCGAUGUCGGACGUCUUAUUACACUGUCAAAAAAGAGUGGACCAUGUUCAACGCCUAGAGUUGACUGAUUCUAGAGGAUCAGGUGAUGACAGCUAUAACCUGUUCGAUAUCCUCCAAGUCUUUCCAAGUCUCCAAGAACUGAUCGUUCCCGCCGAUGUGGCACGGAGAACCCUCAACGAACUUCCGGUAGAGGCAGAAGGAACGGCGGCCACAACCGCCCCUCUGGAAAUAUUGAGGAUCACCCCGACACCUUAUCCAAAAUGGUACCUUCACAGCCAAGGCCGUGUACAUGUCGAACCGGACUUUGAGGCCUUUCGCAGGUUGGCCGUGCUCCCUCGACUUCGGAGGCUGGAAAUGCCGAAGUCCCUCACGACCUGCAACCGAGACGGAGACGAAACCUGGUUCGAGGAGCUCUCACGCAGGAUCGAGAAACGCGCAGACCAAGACCAGCGAAGCUCUUCGGGCAUUUUCCUGGUGGAUGAUUUGGAGGCUACGGAAAUAUGA